AUGUUUUCUCUGCGCCUGUGUUGUGUGCACGUUUAUGCUCUCUAUACUCUCGCACAAUCUGUUUCCGCUGUCCAGGAUGGCUUUGGCACGGAGUCAUGGCCCGACAAGUCCCGAUUCAUCGGAGAGUUUUCACGCGGCAAAAAGAGCGGCAGCGGCGAGUACCAGUGGCCAGAUGGGUCAAAGUACCAAGGGCAGUGGUGCAUGAACAUGAUCGAUGGUUUUGGAAUUUACAUGGGCGUUGAUGGACGCGAGUACAGAGGUAGAUGGAUGGCUUCAACCAUGAACGGAUGCGGUCGCUACAAGUGGGUCAGCCAUCUUGGACUUGCUCUGGGCCUGCCCUUGUCCAACGCAUGGCUGGACACAGGGCAUGUCCUAGUGGCGCAGAUUGCCAAGAUGCAUUUGAGCCCACAAGAAGUUCGGAAAGCCGAGAGGAUUCUCGCAACAUGGAGUGGCGACUUUCCUGGAAUGUCAGAUUUUGUCAACAGCGCAGUCUGGCCGGAUCACAUCAAGUGCCUUCGAAAUGACACGCUCUAUUGCCGCGGUUUGCCUGCGACGGCACUGAAUGAGCCUCUGGGCAGCAGACUUUCAUGCGAGCCGAUUGGGGAGGGGCAGGAUCAUCUGGCGCUUGAUGAGUUGAACCCGUACGCGGAUUCGUCAGCAGUUUGGGCUCUGACACAAGCCAUGCGCCCCUCGCCGAACUUGAAAGUCGCUUGUGAUGGCAGCGUUUUUGACUUAUCAAGCGUUAUCAAGGGUGUAUCGGUUCACGUCUUCAUCUCCCGGCCUGACCUGAAGCUCUCCACAUCGUCGGAGACGCACACCAGCCGCUCCAUGAUCCAGUCCAACUGGAGCACGCUGACGAAUCUCCAUGCUUUCUGGGAUGCGGCGGGAGGUAUGUAUCUGGAUGAAUGGCCAUAUUCUUCUUCGCAAGAGGCAUGGCGCGAUCGGAAUGCCUCCAUCAUUGUAGGAGACUUUCCAAAGAGCAGUCUCGAGGAAUACCAGGCCGAAGACAUGGACUGCUUUCUCAUUCCCAGCGAUUGCGUGAAGGUUUUCAAAAAAUGGGUGCAGGAAGCACAUAUCCUAGCAGUCCAGCAUGCGUACGUUGGCGUCCGUGCCGGUGCGCCCGACACAUACAUUGCCGAGGUUCGACAGAUCUCAAGAAAGCAGCUUGCUUUGGCCGGAUACCGCUUGGCAGACCUCCUGAGAGUGGUCCUUCCUCUCUUGCCAUCACCUCCUGCAGAAGCCAUGAGCUUUGCGAAGCUCGACGAGCAUGCGAGCUUUCAGCAGGCCGUUCUGGUGAUUGUCUGCAGCCUGGAGUCUCUGCUGCUUGCAGUCUUAGCAGCUGGGCGGUGCGGAAGACGGUGUGCUCGGUCCCACAGCCGCCCGUGCGAGUUCGAGGGUGGAAGGGAAAAACAGCUUGCGAGUGGCCGGAUCCCAAGAGUGGAGGGUUUGAGACAGCUGCAGGUGGACGGCCGCUGCUACCAGGGCCAGUAUGCGCGCGACCAGAAGGAUGGCUUUGGCAUCUUCACGUGGGCAGAUGGGCGACGCUACGAGGGAUACUGGAGCAAAGGUCGACAACACGGCAUCGGUCGCUUGUGCAAUUCACAGGGUGCCCAUCGCUUGGCCCGGUGGGAAAACGGAGAACGCAAAGAAUGGUUGGAGGAGGAGCAGAAUGCCCCUGAUAUGGUGCAGGCAAUGCAACCACGGCGAUAA